AUGGCUGGUGAACUUAUUCAGCGAGAAAACUUUACGACUUUUAUUUCCGUUUUGUCGUUCGGCAACAGACUACGGUCUACGAAUCGACGACCGGAAUUCAAUAUUAAUAUCAAUAAUGAAGGAGAGCCGAGAGUAGCGCUUCGCGAUAUGCAGUCAUGCAGAUAUGCUGGCUGGCGCUGCUGCAGAAAGCCAGAAGUGAAGAUUAAAAUAUUAGAUGAGAAAAAAUCGAAUGUAAACACACAAAAUCCAGACGAAGGCAAUUGUAGGUUGAACAGCACUCAGGAUGGCGUGAAAUGGAAAGAUCUAAUGUCCACGCUCAUAUUUGAUCGGUUAGAAGCGUCGUUCGAUAACUGUAGAGACAAUGAAAUGCCACAAACGAUGACGAAAACUACACAAAACAUGACAAAUAAUUGUGAUGGCUGUCAGCAGUGCCCCACUAGCGGAGGAGAAUCGUCUAAGACGGAAUAUUUCGGUUGGAGUGACGAUUCUUGUCACCAGCUCUCAACUACCAACCAUGAUUCAACCGCCUGUACGUCGCUGUUGAAUGAUUGCUCUACCGAUCGAUUUCUCGAUGGAAACAAUAGUUGUAGCAAAUGCAGUAUGAAUAAACCUCAAUUAUACUGUCGAACCAACCAUUCGAAUAGUAAAGAAUCUAUCUCGGAGAAAAUAAAAAAAAAUGAAACUGAAAACAUAAAGCAACAAGUGGAGAUUUUAAGGAAACGAGUAGAAUGCAUGUUAAAAAUGAACUAUCAACUACAAUCUGAACUUAAGAAAACAAUUCGUGCAAAUCUAUUAAUGGAACAAUAUAUUUCUUGGCCAUAUUCUGUAAAUAAUGGCAAGCUUGAGUUUCCCGGAAAAAUUGAUUUGGAUCAACGGUUCGAUUGUUUGUUCAUGGAGUUAGAAAAAAUACGAAACGAUUUGAAGCCUAUUCAAAACGACAAAUAUAUUGUCAAUAAAUUGGAAAAAAUACUACAUAUAUCACAACUGAAAUGUUUAAAUACUUGUAAUAAAUAUGUGUGAAUAAAAAAUAGUUCUCUCGUGUAA